AGAAAUUGAUUGAAUCAAAAGGGAUUUGAUAAAAAUUUUGAUUUCGAGAGUGCUUCGGAGCAGAAGAACGAGCAAGCUAGGGUUUUCUUCUAUCAAAUCCAGAUAGAAUCAAAGCUAUUCAUCGAAAUUAGGGUUUUUUUUUUGUUCCCUUAAUUUUUCCUUGUAGUAGCUUCUGAUCCUUCGAUUUCCAUGGCGGAUGGGUACUGGAACCAGCAGCGACAGCAACAUCAUCUUCCUAGUGGUCCUCCGAAACGUCCCCGUUCCGAUUUCGAAGCUCCACCAUCAACAAUGGCUACAGGGCACGGUGGUGGUUAUUAUCCGCGGGAUGAGGAUCUCGAUGUUCCCGAUACUAGAACUAUUGGUUCAGCUUACGAUCGCUAUCUCCAGAGCGUGCAAUCGUCUUCUAUGCAAUCAGGAGAAGGUGGUUCUGUUUCCAUGGGAAGACCAGGAGGUAACGGUCAAACCAUAGAUGAUUUUAUGAUGAGACGUGGUGGAGUUCUCCCUCUAGACCAUGGUCCAAAUGGCCAUGCCAUUGGUUUUGAUCCCCCAGAAUCUGUUGGUAGGCGUAACCGGGAGACACUUCCUUUACCUCCAGAUGCAUCCAACACUUUAUAUGUUGAAGGACUUCCUUCUAAUUGCUCAAGGAGGGAAGUAGCUCAUAUAUUUCGACCGUUUGUAGGAUACAGAGAAGUGAGACUUGUGACCAAAGACUCCAAACAUCGGAAUGGAGAUCCUAUUGUUCUUUGCUUUGUUGAUUUUACAAACCCUGCCUGUGCAGCGACUGCUCUGAGCGCCUUACAAGGCUAUCGAAUGGACGAAAACGAGUCUGAUUCCAAGUUCCUGCGGCUCCAGUUUUCUAGAAAACCAGGUUCAAGACCAGGACAACGAGGAAGAAGGUGAUGACUCAGGGACAUUGUGUUCAUAUUAUUGACUUGUAUUCCUCUCCUUUUGUCUCCUCUUUGUUGUCUUUCAAUAAGUUUUGUUUAUAUGUAUUAUUUGAAGACGUGUUUGGAGGUGCUGUAGACGGGGAAGACUUUGUUUUUUUUGGCAUAGUUUGGGAAGACUUAUGAAUAAUAGUUGAGAUAAGUUUUAAUAGAUCUUUUUGUGGUCCGAAUUAUGUAAUGUUAUCUUCUUACAUUUAUUGUCUGACUGUGUAAACUUUAUGUAGUAGUACACAUUGACAAGAAAAGAGGCGUGUUUGC